AUGUUUUUCACUAGACAUUUAGGUCUAGAUCGACUAAGCCCGUUUAACGAGCAAGGUGAUCAACGUCGCGACCAAGGGGCUUACUUUGAAUGCAAUUCCAUCGUAAAUCCAUUCUCCAAUCCAGUUCCUUCGCAAUUUAUAUUCAAGAUGGCACCAGUUCCAGUAACUACAGACUCCGCCCCGUUCGCCUUCACUCCUCCGCCAGUAGUGGUCAUGUUUGCGGUGAUCCCUUUCGUCUACAUUGGAUAUCGAAUCUGCAGGACAGUGUUUGCGCUGCUUCACUCGAUUUUCAUCUACUUGGUGGCUCCUUUGUUCUAUUCUCCUGAUCUCUCUCGAUAUGUGAAUCGUUGGACAGUUGUUACUGGUGGAACAGAUGGCAUUGGUAAGGCUUAUACUAUUGAGCUGGCCAAGCGUGGUCUAAGAAAAUUCGUUCUGAUUGGAAGGAAUCAAACAAAGCUGAGCGACGUUAAGACACUUUUAGAGCUCUCUUUCGGUUGCCGCGUGAAAACCUAUCUGUUCGACUUUGCGAAGGACGAUUUCGAACAACUACGUUCGUACGUAUGUGAUAUUGACGUCGGCUUUGUGGUAAAUAGUGUCGGCGUAGGCCGUGAACACUUGGAAAGAUACGGAGAUAACCCAGAAGCUGACCGGCAAAUCCUAAAGAUUAAUGGACUAGGAUCUGCAGAGUUUCUAUCGAUGGUUCUUCCGGCUAUGGAGAAAGCAGGAGGUGGUCAAAUUGUUGUGCUCUCAUCCUCACAAGGAUAUCGUCCUAUUCCGUUGCUAGCUGCGUAUUCGGCUUCUAAGGCUGUGAUGUCCUUCUUGUGCGAGGCUAUCGAUCGAGAAUACAAAACAAUUUCCGUACAAUGCCUUACUCCAGCACUUAUCGCUACGAAGAUGGUCUACUACACUAAAGGCUCGCUGUUUGUGGUCACGCCCGAAGAAUUUGCAAGACAAGCGGUAGGCACGAUCGGUUUGACAAAGAAAACCAGCGGAUGCUUCAAUCAUGAGAUCCAGAUGCUUCUCAGGCACAUUUUCCCAUGGGCUGUGCUGAAAUAUCUAAUUAUGCCCAUCUACUAUUAUCACAGACGACGCAUGGAAAAAAUCAACGCUUCCAUACCGAGACAAAAAGCGCAGACGAGCGUGCGCUCCUCCGCCAAGGCGUAA